CUAAGGAAGUCAGAGAAGAUGAUAUGGACGAAAGAGAAGGUAAGGAAGACAGAAAAGAGGAUAUGGACGAAAGAGAAGGUAAGGAAGACAGAGAAGAGGAUAUGGACGAAAGAGAAGGUAAGGAAGACAGAGAAGAGGAUAUGGACGAAAGAGAAG